AUGAUUCCCGACCGCCUCUGCAAGGUGUGUGGAAAGGCCGAGCGGGAAGCGACGUCCAAAUUCACAAAAUGUAGGAAGUGCAGCAGAACGUUCUACUGCAGCUGUCGUUGUAAAAAGCUCAACCACAAACCCCACAAAAAGAUUUGCGGCAAGCAGCAAGAGGGCGAUGACGACGCCCCAAGCGGCCGGGACACCGUCCUGAUCGUGCCCACCGUCACCAACCCCUUCACGCGCCUCGACAACGGCACCUGGCUGCACGACCGGCCCUUCCUGGACGUCUUCACGCUGCUGAUCGACGCGUACCGGUUGCGGAUGGGUGAACUGUACAAGAUGGGGGGGUUGCACGGGUUCAAGCGGUUUCUGGACCUGGUGGAGAAGAAGCCGGGCGGCCUGCUGCCGCCCUGGUGGGACCCGGCAAUGCGGGACAACUGCUGCAAGUUCGGGUUGCGCCCGCCGAAGCAUAAGAAACUCAGCGAGUUCGAGGCGGCCCACGGCCAGUGGAGCGACCUAGUACGCACGAUUAGAGAGGAGGACGUGGUUAAGCAUUAUGCCGACCCGACCUUCCCGGACCAGCUGAGGAUAUUCGCGUACGAGGUGUACGCGUCCAAACUUGGCCUCCGGCAGUUGGACCUCGAGUAUGGCGACAGGGACUGGCCGGAGUUUAAGGCGCAUAUGGCGCGAAGGGAGAAGCCUGGGGGCAUUCGUGAUGGCUAUCACGAUGACAAGGCUUUGCUCGCAAGUGAACUUCAGAAAUACAAAGAGAACAAUGAUUGUACUGGUCCCAGGUAUCUACCUCAAUGA